AUGGGUUCAUCUUCUUCUUCAGCAGAACCAGUUCUACCAUUGCACAUCAAGAUAAUGAUUGCUUGCCAAUCCAUCCUAACAGAUGUUUCACGUCGUUCUGAUGACACAAUAAAUAGAAGCUUCUUAAACUUGUUCAAUUACUUGGUGAAGGUACCUCCAAAUGAGAAACCAAUCGAAGGCAUCAAAGCCGUAGAUAUCGUAGUUGAUCCAAACAAAAACUUAUUUUUACGUCUCUUCACCCCAACUGAUAAAGCCUCCUCUGACCAAACUCUUCCUGUCAUUAUCUACUUCCAUGGUGGUGGGUUCUCAUUUUGUUCUCCUGAUUUCUUCCUCUACGAUAACUUCUGUCGUAGGAUGGCUAAGAACAUUCCUGCCAUUGUCGUGUCUGCUAAUUACCGUCUUUCACCUGAAUACCGGUUUCCAACACAGUAUGAAGAUGGAUUACAAUCUUUACGUCUUCUUGACUCGAAAAUUUCUAAUUGGUUUCCGGCUAAUGCUGAUUUAUCAAGGUGUUUUCUUGCGGGUGAUAGUGCUGGUGGUAACUUGGCUCACAAUGUUGCGGUUCGGUACUCGGCUGAGAUAAACGAUUUUCGAGAGCUUAAAGUGAUCAGUCUGAUAGCAAUUCAGCCUUUCUUUGGUGGAGAAGAACGGACUGAGUCAGAACUACGUUUAACAAAUGUUCCCAUCGUUUCAGUAGAAAAGGCAGAUUGGCAUUGGAAAGCCUUUUUACCAGAAGGUUGUGAUCGUGAUCACGAAGCAGUUAACGUUUUUGGACCCAACUCCGUUGACAUUUCAGGAUUGAGCAAGUUUCCAGUUACACUGGUGGUAAUUGGCGGAUUUGAUCCAUUACAGGAUUGGCAAAGACGGUAUUUUGAAGGUCUGAAGAGAAUUGGAAAAGAAGCUUAUUUGGUGGAGUAUCCAAAAGCUAUUCAUAUAUUUUAUGGGUUCCCUGAAUUGAUUGAGUCUUCAUUGUUAAUCAAUGAUGUCAAGAAAUUUAUUGAAAAGAGAACUCAUCUCUUGACAUGAAAGAACUUUCUCUUAGCCAAUUUGAAGAUGCAAUAACCUUAUGCGCAUUGAGAACAAGAGGAAAGUGCUGUGUAAUCAUCAAUGAUGACAUAAACAAUUACUUGGUCUCCUUCUGGAAUUCAACUGUCAUUUUUAGCGGGUAACAACAAUUGGGAAUUCUUUUUCACGAUCUACAUUGUUUUUGCUUUGUUUUUAUUUAUUAGUUUGCUUUUAUAUGUACACUGCUUGUAGAAGUUUCUUAUUAUCCUUACUGUCGAUAUUGUCAGUCCUAUAUUCAUUGUCAAUGUACUUCUCUGGGUUGUGCUGAUACCUAUAGAGCAUGUUCA